ACAGACAGAACUUUGGUGUCAAAAACAGCUGCUUACUGUUUGUAAUUUAUUUUUAAUAAUAUUAUUCAUGUUUAUUAAUUUCCUACAGUACUAUUCGAUUCAUUUACUUAAAAUUUAUAGGAAUAUCGGGCUUAGGUCAAAAUAUGGCACAUGUACAAUUCGUGGACGAGUUGGUCAGAGAAUAUUUAUUGUUUAGAGGUUUUGCAAGUACUCUAAAAGCAUUUGAUAACGAUUUAAAAGCUGACAAAGACAAAGGCUUUAGAGUUGACAAAAUUAUUGAACAAAUUAUGCAUUUCAUUAAUGUUUCCGAUCUCAACGGCUUAAAGGAAUAUUGGUCACAUUUAGAUUCUUUAAUUUUUACGAAAUUAGAAAUACACGUACAACCUGCUAUUCGCAAGUUAGAAUAUAGUUUAUAUAAACUGUACUUAGUGACAGCUGCACAGAAUACCAGUUUAAUAAGAAAUGAAAAGAUAACAGAUUUCUUUAAUAAAAUGUUGCCAGAAUUACAAGGACAGAAUGAAUGGAAGGAGUGGUUCACAUUCCCCUACAUCCAGAAACCGGAAGAAAAUCCCUCAUUUAGUUUGUAUUUCACUAGAGCAUGGCAGGACAGUGUGCUGGUAUCUCUUCACAAUCUACUGGCAACAGUGUUCCAAUGUAUGCCACAACCAACACUAACAAGCUAUGAAAGUGAUGCAAUACUUGUAAAAAAACUACAGGAUAAGUUAGCUGCCGUCAGUGGAAAGACGCUACAACAACAACCUAUGGAUAAGACAUCUCCGACCACUCAUCAAUCGCGCCUUAGUCAGUAUGCGGAGCGUCUUAGUGGCACGGCACCCCUCGUGGACGACUUCUGCGCGGUACCGUCCGAACAGCUGGACAGCACGCGAGAAGCCAGGGGCCUACGGAGCUUAUUACGAAUGGGAAAUACACCAGUCAUGGGAAGGAAAGCGGCCAGAUCACAAAGCCAGAAUUAAUUGACUGUAAAAAUUUUGCUGGGCUUGCAAUCUGCAUACCCGUCUAAUGUUAAUUAAAAUAUGGAUAAUAAAUAUAUAAUAAAUA